GAACUAUUUUAAGGCGUUUCACUUUUCAUGUUGCUUCAACCAUCUAUCUCAAACGCCAUUAAAGCACCAAAGAAACCAACUCCCAACAGCCCAAAGGCCAACCAAGCCACCGCAAUGCUUGUCCAAUUCAUUGGCCGCUUUCGCCAAAUCUUCAAUACCAUCCAGAACCAAGCUAAUUUAUGCGCAUAAAGAGGCUUCGAUCAAAGAACCAUCUCAGCAUCUGCUUGUCGCUUAGUUACACUGCCGAGUCUAAGGGAUACAGGUGUCCGUCCUCGGCCAUGUUGUUCCAUCCAAGGAACAAUGCAGCUCUGGUUUCAAAAGCCAACAAAAAAACCAAAAGCUGAAGAAUUCUUAGAAGUUCUCUAGCUCUCUGAGGAAAAUUGAAACCUUUUGGGAGUUCUCUUUAUACCUGCUUUUCCAUUUUUGGGUGAAGGAUAGCUUGCUCUGGUGUUGCAGCUUGUUACCUUUCAAGAGGACUCCCCUCCCGUCUCUCGUCCCAAUGCUUCUUUGUCAGUUCUGUUCGAGGCUCUUCAAGAGUCCUGUAGAUAGCAACUACAAGUUUCGCGCUUCCGUUGCUUCUUUGUCCAGCUACAAAGCAUGGAUGUACGCUUUUCUCUGAUGGCUAUAACUAUGCCGUGCGAUGAACAUUUCCAUAUCAACAUGUGUCUCUUUUUCUUUCGCCUGAGUUACUGUUUCAGGACAGCUUUGAGGGCUUCGGUCUGCUGUAUCCCAUUCGAACUUUCUCAAAUACCGUGGCGAAAGGAGAAAAGACGGCUCACCAGAGUCGAGACUUCCCCGGCGUGGCCGCUUGACUAGGCGAAACUGCGGCAAUUGCAGCUUCCAGCUCAUCAUCUUCUUGUAGGAACUCCUGGAAGUUAUGAUCUGAAGACUUUGAACCCCGACGCCAUUGCUCUCUGACCUUCCCGUCGUCAGGGCCCCCAGGGAGCAGCACGCUUGGCCACUCGCCGAAGUUUCUUCUGACUACAAGAGUAUCGAGGUAUAUCGCCGGAAUCUUCCAGCUGGUCGACUAUGCACAUUCCAGAAGACUCCAGUGAAAGUUCAGGCGGGAGUACCCCGACAUGGUCUGUAUCGGUACCUUCCAUUCAUCAGCAGGUAUGCUGAAAGUACGGGAUCUUUCUAAUUUUCGAUAUUAUCCGCCUCUGUAGUACCUCUUCGUCAUCUUACAUGGAACCGGGAGCGCUGUAUGUGCAAAUGCAACCUUCGGGCAAACCCGCAUUUGUCCGUCGGUCAAGAAGAUACAAGACCCCCGGCUCUUUGUUAGCAGAUGCACUAUUUAAUCCUCGCCCUAUCGUACAGAAGCAUAGCCAAUAUCAAGCGCCAGAUACCAACAGAUUUGAACCAGCAAGCCCUCCUGAACCCCAGCAGAUUCCAGUACCAUCAUAUGAACAGUUUCUACAAUAUCCGCCUCCCCAGCAGCACCCAAUACCGAAUCCACUAGCCUCGUUCCCGAACGACAUGGCGCAGAAUUUGGUGCAAAUCACCGAUCCUUGUGAGGCAUCGUUCCCCAAAUGGGAACCUAAGAUAGGUAAACCCGCACUUUUGGUUAUUGCAGAAGGUUUCUGCGGUCAUUGCUCAACUCGAUUCCCUCAUAUGUGUUGUCAUUCCUGUGAUUGCAGGAGGCGCCGGAGAAACCGAGAUUACAACGGGUCCAAGAGAGGAUGCGAUCGCAUUGCGCGCAGGAACGACUGUGGCUGUACGAGAGAAGAUAGUUGUAUGGACAGCAGUAGUGAAAGCGAUGUCCCGGUUAAGAAGCACAGCCAUAAACACAAGAGAAAAGGAAAAGGGAGAAACAAGAGUUUUUUGAAGAAGUCCGCCAACGACGUAUCCGACAGCAGUGAUGAAGAGGGUCAGAGCGGACGUGUGCGCUUUAGAGAGCCAGUGCGGCCGGAUAGGCAUGGUGCUAAUCGUGUUGGCUCCGGGAUAUACGACCCAAGGACCGGUACUGUGCAUCACGCUAAUCGCACAGAUGGAACAGGCCACAGACCUGUGCCUACCGUUGAUGCGAGCAUGUACGCAAACCAACCGACGGUUCCCACACAACAGAAUUUGGCAUAUGCUCCUGGAUACUACCCACCUCAUCUGCCACCCCAUCCUCAUCCAGAUAGUAACGCAGCGAUACCCACCUAUCAACCCUCGCAUCGACCAGCUCCGGAAUGGGCUGCACGAACUUAUUACGAUGAUGAUCGAAGGAAUUAUGAAUCGAACACCGACGGUGAGGUAGCAGAUUCACGUAGCCAUAGGAGGAGAAGGCGUGGCCGCUCUCCUACGCCUACGCCGAUUGCUACCCACGAUUUACGAUACCCAAAAGAGGAGCGUAUGCGAAGCCCUGGAAGGGUGAAUGUACCCGACACGUACUAUGAUCCGCCCGAUACCCCUUAUCAUUCUGACUACCACUAUGUUAGGCCUCGCAGUCCAGAUCGAUACGAGCGGUAUCCACGCGAUCCGCCCCGCGAACGCAGUUAUUCAAGACGCAGGCCGGUGCCAGGAUCCCGUACCCCAGGCCCCCACUCCGAGCGACCGCGGGUGGUCGAGAUGAGGCGUGAUCGACGGCCUGAUGAACUCGACCCACCGACACGUCCGAGGCGCGGGUAUUAGGGUCUGUUAUUUUUAUUUAUAAUAUUGGGCUGCUCGAAUGCUCCGCCAUAGUCAUUUCCCGAACUUAAUGCUCCCAUGGAAGUGAAAUGUAUUUCUUUCUCAUACAAUUAGUAUUAUUGGCUACUGAUUUGCACAAGGAUAACAGCCAUUCUUCAUGGUUCUUGCUUUCUUAUUUGUUUGGAGGAACUUUUGUUAUCUAAUAUAUGUAUUUAUAUAUAUACACGUAACAGCUGGUCUGUUCAGAUGCUAUACGCAUUCGCUCCGUCCUAUUUUUUGAUAUCAUGAUUUGCAUGGUCGGAUUUUUGCCAGCUCCGGAGCGAGUGUCCGUUACAUAAUAUAUAGUUCUAACGUUAUCCAUGAACACCUUUUGUAAUGGCAUACUUUUUUUUUUCUUUUUCUUUUUAUUUUAUUUUAUUUUAUUUUAUUUUUUU